AUGAUCGCUAGUUCCAGCUUAUGUCUAUCCUUUGCAUCAAGUUAUUACCAAAGACGGGUUGAUGAGGUAACACGUACCCUGUUGACAGACCAAGGGAGGCACAGAGGAAGGAAAAGGCGAAUUGAGUGGAAGACAAAAAUCUUUCUGCUGAGAAGAAGUAACCCUGACUUCUUUCCUUCCCCAGCGGAAUGUAGAUUUCUCACCAGAAACGGAUUUGGGGAAGCUGUUUUUCAGGACUCAGGAACAAUACGCCUCUUGAGGACAUGGACUCUGGGAACAUUGGAAGCCCACAUUUAUGCGCUGUUUCCCAGAGUCCCGCUGUCCCUUGUGGGCUUUACGUAUGCCCGUUGCGACAAGGGCAGAAGAGUCACACAAAUUGAUCCGCAAUCCCUCCUUGAUCUCGAGCGCAAAGUUGGAAAGGCCAAAAUUAUUAUUGUCCCAAACAGGGACAUCCCAAUGAACGAGAUGGAACAACAAGAACCAGCUUUAAUGCCAGAACCACAGGGCAGCCAGGAUUUAUUGCAAGAGCCAUCGAAUGAACACACUUUACUGCAAGAACCACCAAGCAACCAGCAAGAGCCACCGAGCGACCAGGCGUCACUGAGCGACCAGGCGCCACCGAGCGACCAGGCGCCACCGAGCGACCAGGCCUUGCAGCAAACGCAAGAAGCGGGAUGGGUGAUGGCGGGGACUCCCACAGUGCAGUUCCCAUAAAAGUCCCAAUUAGUGUACGCGGAUACUCCCUAUAGUAGCUCCAUAGAGUGUUUGUGUACAUACUCUGACAUUUAUCAAACAUUUUGCGGAAUAACUGCGUAGCUAAGAAGAUAUUUUACUAAAUUUCCGCGGAGUUUCUGCGUAGCUCGGCAGAAAUAUUACUAAAUUCCCGUCGAGUUUCUGCGUAGGCUUCGCGGAAAUUUUGCGAAAUAAAGUGAAAGACUUU